AUCACCGACACAACGCCUGACGUCACCUCCCUCAGGCCGGGCCCGUGAUUGGCCGCAGGGAGCCGGAAGCAAGGGCGGGCGCUCCCUCUCGGUUGCCGCAGUGACAGGAGCCGAGCGCUCCUAAGAAUCGGGAAAUGGCGGCGGCAUCGUCGUCGCGUCGCUCACAGCAGCAGCAUCACCACCACCAUCACCCCCCUCACCUCCCGCCCCAUCACCCGACUUCGCCUCCCCGGAGCCCCAGCCUCUCCCCUCAGCAGCGGCCCAGCUUAGCCGGACCUGAAGGCGAGGCUCCGGCGGGCAGCGGCCGGGAGGGGGCAGCGCCGGAGAGGCCCUUCUCCCCGGAGACUGUGGGCGAGAGCGCGGGGCCUCCCCCGCCGCCGGGCUCCGGGGCCAGCAGCGCCGCCAACAGCAGCAGCAGCAGCAGCUCCGGCUCCACGUCGUCGUCGUCGUCCUCGGCCGCCUCCAGCCCCGUCGCCGCGGAGAGCCCUGACCCGCCCCCUCCGCCGCUGCAGCCUUCUCCGCCCGUGGGAAGCGGCGCCUUUCGGGAGCUGCUGGAGGCCUGCCGCAAUGGGGACGUGACCCGGGUCAGGCGCCUGGUGGACGCCGCCAACGUCAACGCCAAGGAUAUGGCCGGGCGGAAAUCCACCCCUUUGCACUUCGCUGCAGGUUUUGGAAGAAAGGAUGUGGUGGAACACUUACUACAGACAGGAGCCAAUGUCCAUGCUCGCGAUGAUGGUGGGCUGAUACCUCUUCAUAAUGCUUGUUCCUUUGGUCAUGCCGAGGUAGUUAGCCUCUUGCUGUGUCAGGGUGCAGAUCCAAAUGCCAGAGACAACUGGAACUACACUCCUCUACAUGAAGCUGCUAUCAAAGGCAAGAUAGAUGUGUGUAUUGUGCUGCUGCAGCAUGGAGCUGAUCCAAAUAUUCGGAACACAGAUGGGAAGUCAGCCCUGGAUCUUGCAGAUCCUUCUGCAAAAGCUGUACUUACAGGUGAAUAUAAGAAGGACGAACUCCUGGAAGCUGCUAGGAGUGGUAAUGAAGAAAAACUGAUGGCUCUGUUGACACCUUUAAAUGUGAACUGCCAUGCAAGUGAUGGACGAAAAUCUACUCCAUUACAUUUGGCUGCAGGCUACAAUCGAGUUCGGAUAGUUCAGCUUUUGCUGCAACAUGGGGCUGAUGUCCAUGCAAAGGAUAAGGGUGGGCUUGUGCCUCUCCAUAAUGCUUGUUCCUAUGGACAUUAUGAAGUUACAGAAUUGCUGUUGAAGCAUGGAGCUUGUGUUAAUGCGAUGGAUCUCUGGCAGUUUACUCCAUUACAUGAAGCUGCUUCCAAGAAUCGUGUAGAAGUUUGUUCUUUGUUACUCAGUCAUGGUGCAGAUCCAACAUUAGUCAACUGUCAUGGCAAGAGUGCUGUUGACAUGGCCCCAACACCUGAGCUGAAAGAGAGACUCACCUAUGAAUUUAAAGGGCAUUCCUUAUUGCAAGCAGCAAGAGAAGCAGACUUAGCCAAAGUAAAGAAAACACUUGCCUUGGAGGUCAUUAAUUUCAAGCAGCCACAGUCCCACGAGACAGCACUGCACUGCGCUGUGGCUUCUCUUCAUCCAAAACGGAAACAAGUCACAGAGUUACUGCUUCGGAAAGGAGCCAACGUCAAUGAGAAGAACAAAGAUUUCAUGACUCCUUUGCAUGUUGCUGCCGAACGAGCUCACAAUGACGUUAUGGAAGUUCUUCAUAAACAUGGGGCAAAGAUGAAUGCACUAGACACACUUGGACAGACAGCUUUGCACAGGGCUGCUUUGGCAGGUCACCUGCAGACUUGCCGUCUCCUCCUGAAUUAUGGGUCUGAUCCCUCGAUCAUCUCCUUACAAGGGUUCACAGCCGCCCAGAUGGGCAAUGAAGCAGUGCAGCAGAUACUGAAUGAGAGUACCCCUGUACACACAUCCGAUGUGGAUUAUAGACUGUUGGAAGCCUCUAAAGCAGGAGAUUUGGAAACUGUGAAGCAACUUUGUAGCCCCCAGAAUGUGAACUGCAGAGAUUUGGAAGGGCGUCAUUCAACCCCACUGCAUUUCGCUGCAGGUUAUAACAGAGUAUCAGUAGUGGAAUACUUACUUCACCAUGGAGCAGAUGUGCAUGCAAAGGAUAAAGGUGGUUUAGUACCCCUGCAUAAUGCCUGUUCAUAUGGACACUAUGAAGUAGCAGAAUUAUUGGUGAGACACGGGGCUUCUGUCAAUGUUGCGGAUCUCUGGAAAUUUACACCACUACAUGAAGCAGCAGCAAAGGGAAAAUAUGAAAUCUGCAAACUUCUUCUAAAACAUGGAGCAGAUCCAACAAAGAAGAACAGAGAUGGCAACACACCUCUAGACUUGGUGAAAGAAGGAGACACGGAUAUACAGGACCUGCUACGAGGAGACGCUGCCCUGCUGGAUGCCGCCAAAAAGGGCUGCCUGGCACGAGUUCAGAAGCUGUGUUCUCCUGAAAACAUCAAUUGUCGAGACACCCAGGGGCGAAAUUCUACCCCAUUGCAUCUUGCAGCGGGCUACAAUAAUUUGGAAGUUGCUGAAUACCUUCUGGAGCACGGUGCUGAUGUCAAUGCUCAAGAUAAAGGAGGAUUGAUUCCACUACAUAAUGCAGCAUCCUAUGGUCAUGUGGAUAUAGCGGCCUUGCUGAUCAAGUACAAUACAUGUGUAAAUGCUACAGAUAAGUGGGCAUUCACGCCAUUGCAUGAAGCAGCACAAAAAGGAAGGACACAGCUCUGUGCUCUGCUUCUAGCACAUGGAGCCGAUCCAACAAUGAAGAACCAAGAAGGCCAAACACCUUUGGACCUGGCUACAGCUGAUGAUAUUCGAGCCCUUCUGAUCGAUGCGAUGCCUCCAGAGGCCUUGCCCACCUGCUUUAAACCUCAAGCUACUGUUGUUAGUGCCUCAAUCAUUUCACCAGCAUCUACUCCUUCCUGUCUCUCUGCUGCCAGCAGCAUAGAUAACCUGGCAGGACCUAUGGCAGAACUUGCAGCAGGAGGGGCCUCCAAUGCCGGCGAUGGAGCAGCAGGAACCGAGAGGAAAGAAGGCGAAGGUAACUUUGCUAAAGUUGUUGGUCUUGAUAUGAACAUCAGCCAGUUUCUGAAAAGCCUGGGUUUGGAACAUCUUCGGGAUAUCUUUGAAACAGAACAGAUUACCUUGGAUGUACUGGCAGACAUGGGACAUGAAGAGCUCAAAGAAAUUGGUAUCAAUGCUUAUGGGCAUCGUCACAAGUUAAUAAAGGGUGUAGAGAGACUUCUAGGCGGACAGCAAGGCACCAAUCCUUAUUUGACUUUUCACUGUGUGAGCCAGGGGACUAUUCUUAUAGAUCUUGCGCCUGACGACAAAGAAUAUCAGUCUGUGGAAGAAGAGAUGCAGAGUACCAUCAGGGAACACCGAGAUGGUGGCAAUGCAGGCGGAAUUUUCAACAGAUAUAAUGUCAUCAGGAUUCAGAAGGUUGUGAAUAAGAAACUACGGGAGAGAUUCUGUCAUAGGCAGAAAGAAGUCUCAGAAGAAAACCAUAACCAUCACAAUGAACGCAUGUUGUUUCAUGGGUCUCCUUUUAUUAAUGCGAUUAUUCACAAAGGAUUUGAUGAAAGGCAUGCCUACAUUGGAGGGAUGUUUGGAGCUGGGAUUUACUUUGCAGAAAAUUCCUCUAAAAGUAACCAAUAUGUAUAUGGGAUUGGUGGAGGCACAGGCUGCCCCACGCACAAAGACAGGUCCUGUUAUAUCUGCCACAGACAAAUGCUUUUUUGCCGCGUGACCCUGGGGAAAUCCUUCCUACAGUUUAGCACGAUGAAAAUGGCUCAUGCCCCUCCUGGGCAUCAUUCGGUAAUUGGCAGGCCGAGUGUCAAUGGACUUGCAUACGCAGAGUAUGUCAUCUAUAGAGGAGAACAGGCUUACCCUGAGUAUCUGAUCGCAUACCAAAUUGUGAAGCCAGAUACGCCCUCGCAGACAGCAACAGCCGCAGAGCAGAAGACCUAGUAAAUGCUGAUUUGGAGAAGCAAAUUACAUGACUUAAAUAACUUAUGGACUGGAUGGAUGACGUUACUUUCGGAACAUCAACAUUGUAUAAAAUCCUUGUCCCCCUGGAACUAAGCUGUAUGUGUUUUAUAAAGCAUUGCUCUAUAAAUGAAUAUGAGUAACUGAUUCGUACUCAAUUGCUACUAUUCCUUUUGAGGAAAUGUUUACAAAGGUUUGCCUUUUAACAACAUAUCUCAGGCUCAUUUUCCCUGCAGUUGCCAUGUGUGUAAAAACAUCAUUGCUUCAAUCUGGAUGUUUGGGAACAUUAUUUAAGAAGCAGGGAUAUGCCAUGACCAUUUAAAAAAAAAUAAAAUAAAACGCGCAAUCCUGAUGCCACUGCUCUGACCUACGUGAUGUGCAUAGCUUGCAUUGAACCCAUGCUGCCUUCUCAACAUUCAAAGUCCUUACUUGGCUAUUUAUUUGACUUUUUGUUUUGUACUACAAAAAUGAGCCAGGCCCUUCUUGAAGAUAUUUUUUGCACAAGGUUGACUAAAAUCAGUUAACAAUGCAAUAGGAAUGACUUAUCCAGGAAGGCAUUUGAGAUCUAGUUCUUUGUUCUGGGAUUCUUUUUGCACUUUUUAUGAACUCGUUUCUCUCUCCAUAUUUUUAGUUUACAAACUCAUUCCUUGCCCCUGCUUAGUUCCUCUUUUUUAAGAGAUGUUUGAAGUAGUAUUCAUGUAGCAGCUGCAUAAAAAGCUGCCUUUAUGCUUGAAACAUACCUCUGCUUUCUCCUGGCUAAGCUAUCAAUAGCUCAUUACUAACAAGAGGGUUUAGUGAGACUGCUUCAGUAGGGCACACAGUAUAAAUAUUUUGGCAGUGUCAGGUAAAAUACAAAAGAUACUUGAUUAGGAUGGCCACAAAUAGGUAAAUCUCCCAGAGGAAGAUUUGGACAUAAUUCUCUCUCUGAACUAACACUCCCUCACCUGCUUCGUCUGUGGUUCCCCUUGGCCCUUCCUCCACUUCAUCAUCACAGGGAGAAAUCCGCAAGUGAAUGAGAAACACACCCACCUAUGGUUGUUUGAGCGUGAUGUCUCCUGUUUGCUUGUUUACUUCCCCCCAGUGUGAUGGACCACAGGGGUGUCCUCUCCUAAUGUCUCUGAAGGGUACAAUUCCAGGAAGAAAAUAUUUCUCGCAGAGGAGGUGUUAGGACAUGAAAGUUGCCCAGUAAGUUUACAUUAGGCCCUUCCACUUCAACAGGAAUUAUUAUUAUUAUUAUGAUAUUAUAUUGCAUAUGCAUUCUGUCACAUGGUAUAUCAGCAAGAGUCUGCUGCGCUGGCAUGCAAAUAUAUUUUCUCCAAUGCAAAGCGGUUUUUUAAAUGCAUAUUGAACGAGGCGAGGAGUAUAUUUGUAUUUAUCUUAUCUUAGAAGGCUGCUAGUCACUUCUUCAUUAAUUUCUCUUCCCCCACCUCAAUUUUGUUUGUAUGUAAAGAAGCCUCUUCUAUAAAAUCACCUACUAAUAUUGGAAGUUUAACAAUAAAAACUAUUUUUCCCCAGGAGAUGCAGCAAAAACCUUUUUUACAAUGCAAUAGCUUUAGGGGAAGAACAGAAAAAGCUGAAAGUCAAGUAGUAAUAGAGAUUUAUAAAUAGGAUGUGUAAUGAAGAGAGAUUGCAGUCUUUAAGAUAGAAAUAUAAUCUUGCGAAAUCUUUAGUCUGAGACGGUCAACAGCCAAAGAGGGUUGGAUUGUGCAAAUUACGGUUCUUCCAUUAAUGUUUUUUAUUCCUUGAGAGUAAAAAUACCAGACUGUUGUUGCAUUUGUUUUACAAAAUAUACUGGCAUCUGCUUGGAAAUGGGGAGAGAAAACCAAUCUUACCUGCUAACACAGCAAGCACAAAAACAAAACCCAAGAACUUUCUCGAAAAAAUGUUUUCUGCCAAGAAUAAUCAUGUAGAUUUUGACAUUUGUCAAGAUCAGUGUUUGAUUCAAGCUGGCUAAAUAGUUUCUCAUCUGCUUAGAGAGCUCAGAUGAAGUAAGUUCUGACAACUGAAUCUUUCCUUUUGUUGCUCAUGGUCACUUAGUCUGGUUGGGUUUGGUUAGCUUACCAUAAAGGGCUUUGGAGACCAAAGUGGACAUCAUUUUUCUUUUUAAAUGUAUGUUGGAAAGGGGCUUUCCGUUAGAAUUCAGAUGAGAAUUCACAUAAGAGAUUUCUGUUUUUAAGCACAGCUGGGGGGGAUGUGCCAACUGCAAUAGAAUUGCAAAUAGGUGUGAAACUCGAUGUUCCUGCCAGCUUCAUGUAGAUGUUAAUUGGAACCCAGCUGUUCCUCAUAGUCAAGUCAGACAGUUAACAUGGAUGUGGAAAUUCAGUGUUUCCUUCUAUAAAGGGAGCAAACACUUAAUUCUGUUGUCUCUUUCCUCCAAUGUGCUAGUUGAACUAAUGGAUGUUUUAGAUUUCAUCUUGAGUCCUAAACUCCCAGAAUCUCAAUCUGUGGCCCUGAUCUUUGAAACUGCCAGUGUUUGUAACUGAUGUUUUGUGCAGAGUAAAAGGUGCUGUGCGAGGAAUUCCCAUUUGCAGUGGCUUUUGUCUUGUAGUAAUGUGAUUCUGUUAAUUCUUUCCUGGUCAGACCCGUGAAAAUAUGCAUUAAUGUUUGUCUGCUCAAUCCCAGAGAGCCCAAAUGCCUAACAUGGGUGGUCUUAGGAGAAUAAAAUGGAAAUCUAGUGUUCACUGUCCUUCAGAGUAACACAGCAGCCACCUUUCUCUGACGGAAGAGUUGAUAUUAUUGAAAAUGACUCCUGCAACUGGUUCCUGAACACAUUUACUUGAGGAAAAGGCCCACGCUAGUUAGUUCAGUAGAAGUUAUGAUCUGCGGGGGGAGAACCUAGUAGGAACUUUGGGUGUGUGCACAUCCCUCCCUGUAACUGUGAGGCCAAAGUAAGGUGAUGUGUAAAUAAGGUACUGCAUUUAAAUAUAGUAUCUCUUUGGCCACCUGAUAAAAAGUCCACUUUGGGGGGGGGGGGCAUUGGAUCCUCAGAGAUAUGCCAAUUCCAAUAAAUAUGGUAUAGCCUAGUUGAUUCAUUACUUUUACCCCACAGUAGGAGUGAUAGGUAGUGGCAGGUGAGAGCCCAAAGCUCAUGCAGAGUUGAGAUUUCUCCCCCAAACUCAAUGAGCAGGUGCUUAGUGUGCCAUUGCAUGAAAACAGCAUUGCUGUGAGUAUUGCAUUAGCUGAGUGGGCUUGGUUCGAUGCUUUUCACUUUUGAAAAACUACUAUUGGGAACAGAGGGGCAUUGGCUAGUUGGGACUGUGGCAUACACGAUGCAGCAGCAAACCAUGGUUUACUUCCAAGCAUCCAUUUUGGCAGGGGAUUCAUAGCCCACUGCCAAGUGCCCUUGGAAUGAUGCACAUAUUUGCAAACCCAGGCUUGUUGGAUUGCCAUUUACAUUUGUAGACAUACGCCUACAAACCUAAAGGGCCAUGCAGCUAGACCCCACACCUCUAAUAGACCCAUACCACUAAUAGUGAGGAUGAGGGCUGCCAAUGUGUCAGCACCUCUGUUUGGUUCUGGAUGCCAAAGUGGGGAAGGGCAGGGGACAGCUAAGCGCCUAGCUACCCCAGUGGUACAUUGCUGCUGCUCCAGCCAUGCUAAUUUGUUUGCCAAUGCUGGGAUUGGUUUGUGUUUUUUUAAAACACUUUGUUUUGUUUUCUGUAUAUCACCUUGAAUACUGAGUCGAGGAGAACCAUUCAUUUUUAUGCAAAUACAUUUUCACCACACAACAGUGUUCCACUGAACUCUAAAUAAGGGAAUUGAUGAAGAUUAUUUUCGUGUUUGUCUAAUGAAAUAGAAUUAGACGCUUGUGGGGAGAAUAAAAUGGUCUUUUAAGUAUCCCCCCCCCCGCUCUUUUUCUGACCUUUAAAAAAAUCUCAGUUCCAUCACAGGCUUCUAUCUAUUCUCUGAAUAUAGCACCACACUACAGAUUUACAGUAUUUUACAGACCUCCUCCCCAGAGACCCCUGAGAACUUUCAAUUUGGGGUAAGGAAUUCUCUACACUCUUGCCCCAACUGUGAUCCUCGGGGACUCUUUGGAGAGCCAGGACAGUAUAAAAUGUAUACUAGCAUAAAAGUGGGUAUACUUUUAGUACCACCCAAUUCCGUUAUCUCUAAACAACCAAGAAAGCACCAUGGAUUGCCUCAUGACAAAUAGAAUAAUGCUUCAAACAUUUUGGGAGCAACAGAAAUGAGAGAAUGGGAUUUUGUGUCCAAAGGUAGAAAGUUCUUGCUUUCAGAGUUAAGAAAGAGCCAGAGCAUCCUGGCCAGAGUCUGAUGUGGAUGUUCUCACUUUAAAGCAGCAGCAGAGCACUCGUAUUUUUAUUAGGAGCAGUGGCCCUGGGGAGGGGGGGUUGUUCCGCCUUCCCCUUACACUGUUGCCUUACUUUAAAUCCUGCCCCCCCCCCCCCGCUGCUGUUAGGCCUUCAGCAGAAAAAACUCAGGUUCCCAUUGUUUUUUUCACAAUAACAGCUUCAGGGAGCAAUUUAGAGCAGGGAGAUGGCACAGUAUAAAGGGCUCUACAAACGGAAGGGGUUUCUCUUGCUUGAAAGUGAAAAACUGGAAGACCCUAUCACAGGUCCUCUGCAUCACAUCUGUCUCAGGCAGGAGAGGCUGCUAGCCACUGUGACUCCUUAGGCUGAAUGGGCUUUGGGGUACUGCUUAAAGGACAGCCAGUUGCUUGAGUAUUUUUACCACCAUGGGGAAGGAGGAGUACACCUUAGAUUUUCUUCCUUGGGCAUCAAAAUUUCUCGGGUCCAUAUGUUUGCCAAGAUACUGAAUUUAGGUCUGUCACUAUGGAAACUUACAUUGCUGUUUCUAGUGCUGUUAAGCUGUUUAAUUUAGCAAUAUGCAUAGCACUCAUCACUUUAAUCAUGCAUUCAAUUAUUACUUCAAAGUUUUUAAAAAAAAAAAAUAGAGCGCCAUCUUCAAAACUAAACACAAAUUGGUGUGACUCGUGGAAAAAACUACAAACACCAUGUGCAAAAUUCAGCUUGGGUGGUGGCAUUUGGGCAUAUCUUGCAAACAAAGCAUGAAAUGAAUCAGGUUUUGUACCUUUUUGAACUCAAAGGGUUAACUUGCAUUUAUGACAAACUAGACAUGUGUGAAAGACCACUGCCUGCCUCCACUCACAUGCAAGCCCUGUGCUGGCUAACAUGGGGUCUAUCUUUGUGACUGCUGCAAUUCAUGCAAUUACCGUGACCACAAAUGAAGCUUUUAGGAGUAUUGCUGGCAACAUCUGCCUGCCUGCUGCCUAGGAACUUGUGCGGGGCCGCUGUAAAUGAACAGGGCCAACCUGCUGCUACUACCACAAGCGAGGCUGUUAGCUUGCAGGUACCAGUCUCUUAAGGUUAAUGUUAGAUGUCAAAACACCCCUAUGAAUAUUGGUUAUCAUGUUUCCCAGUGCCCACUAUAAUCAAUAUCUUUUGGAGUGUUUUCUCCAUCAGCAAAAAUAUGACCAACCCUCACACCCUGUUUGAGUCUUACCAGUCUAAACAGGUGUAAGAGAACCUUGCAUGCAACAGGAGCUUGGUUUGCAGUUAUUGCUGCAGCCCCCAUGGUCAAUAAUACAAGCUUUCUGCUUGCUUAAAGGGAUUGCCUUCAAGAUGGUUUCCUUGUGUUUGUCAGUAUGGUCCCCCAGGAUUCCAGCCAGUAGAAAGAAGCAGGGAUGUGUAUGUUAUGCAGUUUUUCAGCAGCACCAAGCAAAUGCAGAAUUGUAGUGGGUGUAGAGUUCAGGUGACAGAAUCUGAUUUCAUUUCAAGCAGUUUCUAGGCUGCAUGAUUGCUGAGAUGUACUCAAAAGUGUGUGGGCAACACCUGCUGAAAUCUCAGAAGCCAGAGUACUGGUUGAAUAAACUUUCCAGUGGUAGGGAUCAGGGCCUUUCAUAGCCAAACUAAAUAAAUUAUGAAAAAUAAUAUUGUAGAAUUAUACAAAUUAGUUACCAUUAAUUAUGCAAAAUAGGAACGUGUAUAUAGGUUCAGUUUGCAUAAUCUAUUGCAUCUUACAGCAGAAUUUGGAUUACUUGGAUGCAGACUUCUUUUAAAGAAUGGAAUAUACACCCAAGUUGCAAUUGUGCCUGCUAAAGAGUUUUUGGAGCACACUGUCAAUUUCCUUCAUGUUUUAUUGGGUGGGGAUAAUAUGGCUGUAAUCACUGAUUAAACGAGACAAAAUUUAGUGUAUUCUCCUUGUGCUCUGUGGCUCUGGGUGCUGAAGGUAGUAGAUGAACCAUGCAUCUAAAUUUAAAAUGUGUUUAUAUCAGUGGAUGCUCAUUUGACUGUGUCUGUAGCUUGCUGAUCACAGGGUGAAUUUUUGUGUACUGUUUCCAUUCCAUUACUGGUAAAGGACUUAGAAGGCUGUCUGUAACAAUGCAGUCUCAACAACUGCUUUUAAAAUCUGCAAAGCUUCAAAAAUUCUAGAACCAGCAACUUUAUUUGCAGUAGCCAUCAACUGAUGUAUACAAUCUCCUAACAAUUUUGACACCUAGUUAUUUCCAUAGGCACUAGCUUUGCAUUUUUAAAAAAACACAUUUUUGUAUUACUUGCUUGCAUAGCUAGCCUUGUGUUCUUGAUAUCUGUUGGCCAUAGAAGAGCGUACAAAGUCCCAAUAUGGCCUUCCAUUGUCUGUGACCUGGAGCUGGGAUGUUUUGUUUCCUUCCUCUUGCUAAAAGAGGAUAUUAGAUCUCUCUUAACUUAACCGAUGAUGGAAUUUUGCAUAAAGCCAAUGUAACAACAGAUUUAGAUCUUCUCGUGCUUUUGACUUAAUGUCUGAACUAUAGUACUUGUGACAGAUUAAGAUUAAAUAAACACUUUUUUUAAAAAAAAAA